CCUAGAUGAUAAAUCAACGAAAGGUCCUUGCUAUGACAGAUGUAAAUUGAAUAGUCAACAUCGUAAGAUAACUUCAUAGACAUAUGCAGUAAAACACACAUGCAGUGUAAGUACUAGUGUGUUACUAAUCUUUAGACAUGGACAGGAAAAGGAAACUAUAUCACAACAUUUUCCACUUUUUACCAGAACAAUUUAACUCACUGUUUAAAGAUGGGCCAGUUACUAUCGACUUUCCGACAGAUACUGAGCUAGCAGAUGCAUAUCAACUGAUCAAUGACGCCGUUGAUAAAGAGCUAGGAUUUGGUUCUGAUGAAUACCCGAACCUGGAAUAUCUCCUGGAUGCGAUGACUCACGAUUCAGUGCUACCAUUUGUAGUAAAAGAGCCAUUAUCUAAGAAAGUUGUUGGAUUCUUCUUUAUAGCCCCUACUAGGUUUCACAGGGGAGUAAACCCUUUAUAUUGUGAUAUGAACAUUGUGCUUCAAUCGUCAUACAGGACACUUGAGUAUUUGAAUGAUUUACUGAACUCUGUCGUAUGGAGGUUUGUGGAGAUUCUUGGCUAUGAGGGGUUCAUAGGGGAGCACCUGACCAAUGAUGACGAGGGUCUGAGGAAUCUGGUGAAAUUACAGGGCUAUGAAAUACUUGGCAGACUACCUUGUGUGACCCAAUUGAAGCAUUCAGGGCCUGUUGAUAGUGUCAUCAUCAUGAGGAGAUUUAACAAAGAUGCAAAGCUUGUAAGUCAUUUUGGCUGAUUUUGAAGAAAAGAUGAAAGAAAAGUUAAGAAGCAAUUUAGAGCAGAUACUUUUACAUAAAAAUAACAACUUUUGAAUGUCAAGAUUAAACAGCUCAUACUCAAGAGUUCAAAAAUACAAAUCAAUAUGUGCUACAAAUAUUACUCAACAGCACAAUGUGUUUUUACUUUUUCCAGUGCUCACAAACUGAGGUCAGACCCAGGAUUGUUGUUCCAAUUCCAGACAUAACUGAGAUCAGAGUAAACAAUCAACCAAAGAAGGCAACACCAAGAACAUGCAUCCUUCAAGAUGGACGUAAAAUACUGGUUGAUUAUGCAAAUCAAGAUGAACUCCAAACAAUAUAUGAACUCUUUGUCAAGGCUCAGAAAGAAGGGGAUGGAUAUGCAAUUGAUGAAUAUCCAACAUACAAUCAUUUCAUAUACAAGUUCAGGAAAGGUCA